AUGGAGGAGAUGAGCUUUAAGGGUGAACUGGACGGAGCCAGGGCAAGAGACAGCAGCAGGGACAGCACGGAUGGCCAGACCACAAAGAAGGAUCUGGCUGGCACAGCGAAGGAGGCAGCCUUUGUAACGGGCAGUGAGAGUGCUCCACCACACAAGACCCCGCUCAUCUGCUGCGCAGACGGCCUUGAUCAGGACACCUUUAAAAUUUGCAAGGAGCUUUUCAGACCCUUUAAGAAGUCACUUAGGAAACUGCAUUUGCCUCAGCACAUCCCCAAAGGCAAAAAAAUGAAGUACAUGAAGGAAAGUUUGACCAUAAUUGGGGAACGCAUCGAUCUGUUUCUCCAGCAGUACUGCAGAGCCUCAGAAGUCAAGCACUGGCAGAAGAUGUUGUGGCAGUUUGUCUCCCUCUUCUCCGAGAUGGAUGCAGAGCAGCUGCACAAGCUGUAUGAGCACAUCAAGAACAACCAAACAGAUGAGUUUCUGGAUGCACCGGUGCGUGCCGGGGACCGUGCACCAACCUGCAGCCAGCAAGAGCCUGCCGGCUACGGCUGUGCUAGCAACGAGGCUGCCUCCAAAAAGGCCGACAGAAGAAGCGACAAAUUCUGCCGUUAUGUAACGGUUGACAAAUGCCUUUUGUGA